AUGAUGGAUGAUUGGCAACCCCCAAGAAAGAAACGCCGCGGCGGCCAUCAGCAAAGAUUACAACAACAGGCUGCCGAGAAGGAGGCGCCAGCAAGCUGCGAGAGCUCUGCUCUGUGUUUGCUGCUGUUGAACUUGUUUGCGUGGGGGUUCUUUUCGCCACAAAGAGUUCAGCAGAUCGCUGAAAUGGCUGUGAAGGACAUCGAACGAUCCAAGGAAGACCCACAAGUUUUGAAAGACCUCUACACCCUGUCCAAUCUGGGGACCAAAGGAAAACACGCGAACAACAUCCACGCCGAGCUCAUGAGCAAAGUUGAGCAUGUUCCAAAAAUCCCCAAGCCUUUCAAAGCAAAAGUGCCACUGAAAGGGUUUCCUGACUCAGUUCAAUCGAUGCUGUUGCCACAUGAAAUGUUUGCUUGUCUAUACCGCAACUACAAGAAGGUCUGGUCCACUGCAGUUGUGCCAAGCGUUGAGCGGGUGCAAAAGUUUUGGAGAGCCAUGCGGCUUCAUCCCCAGAUGCGUGAUCACCCCAUGACUUCCUCCCCUCAAUGGGAGAGUUGGACUGUGCCUAUUGCCGUGCACGGUGACGGAGUUCCAGUCACUGGUGUGGGGAAAGUGUGGAGUCGAGUGAUGACCAAUUACUCAUGGUAUUCCCUUCUGGGAUAUGGUACCACUCCAUCAAUGCUCAUGUGGGUGUGGGGGUUCUUUGACAAGCUGAAGGUGGGCGACCAAGCAUCAGGCACACUGCUGGAGUUCUACUCCAUAUUGAGAUGGAGCUUUUUGGCGUUAUCGGAAGGCAGGUACAAAGAAGGCUCUGUGGAAGCCUUGAGAGCCGGGUCUUGGCUGGCUGGUGGCUGGAAGGGUGUCCUAUGGGCACUCACAGGAGACCUUGACUACUUCAACGCCAUGCUUGGCACCCCCAACUAUUCCGCAGUGGGUGGCCCAUGUAUGCAUUGCAAAUGCACUGGGACUGGCGCUGCAACAUGGACAGAUUUUCGACCACAGGCUAUGUGGAGGAACACCCGCUGGGAGGCCGACGUUUGGAGAAAUUGGGACGAACGUUCGAAGUGCAUUUUGCUGACUCUUCCUGGGGCGAGUUGCUGGUCAAUAGCCUACGACUGGGUUCACGUAAAGUACUUGGGCGUAGAUCAGUACAUCUUUGGCUCAGUGAUGGCCCUCUUG